CGCCCCGCGCUACGCGAGGGGAGGCGGAGCCGCAAAGGGAGACGCCAGCUCCGGGCCUCACCUCCUGACGACGCCGCGGAUGGCCGACUGCGCGGGGCCGCGCUCUCCGCGCCUCAAGGCCCGGGUCCCCCGCGCCUCCCGAAACGCCGCAGGUGCUAAACAGACAAAUGCCUUAAAACAAGAAGAUGCUUCUAAAAGGAAAGCAGAACUAGAAGCAGCUGUGAGAAAGAAGAUUGAAUUUGAGAGAAAAGCUCUACAUAUUGUUGAACAGCUUUUAGAAGAAGAUAUUACAGAAGAAUUCCUAAGGGAAUGCGGGAAGUUCAUCACACCUGCUCACUAUAGCGAUGUCGUGGAUGAGCGUUCUAUUAUUAAACUCUGCGGUUAUCCCUUAUGUCAGAAGAAACUAGGAAUUUGUUUUUGCAGCAAUUUUUGUUACAAAGCAUCUAAGUUUUUUGAAGCACAAAUUCCUAAAACUCCAGUAUGGGUUCGAGAAGAGGAAAGGCAUCCUGAUUUUCAGCUGCUACAGGAAGGACAAAGUGGCCAUUCUGGAAAGGAAGUACAGUUAUGCACUAAGGCCAUUAAAGCAUCAGAUAUUGACAAUCCUGGCCAUUUUGAGAAGCAUUAUAAAUCUAGUUCUUCUAGCUCUCAUGGUGAUAGUAGCAGUGAUAAUGAGCAAGACUUUGUUUCCUCCAUUCUACCAGGAAACAGACCAAAGGCAACGGGUGUAAGUCCACAGCUGCACAAAAAAAGCAUAAUGAAAAAGAAAGCUGGUCAGAAAGCUAACUCCAAACAUGAAGACAAAAAACAGACAGUAGUAGAUGUCACUGAGCAGCUAGGCAAUUGCAGAAUAGAUAGUCAUGAGAAAGCUGCUGCUUGUGAACUUCCUUUACAGAAAGUAAGUACUCAGAUUUCUUCAAAUAGUCCUUUGCAAGAAAAAUUAGAAGCUACAGAAAAUUCUGAAAAUAAAUACAGUAGUUCAAAAAUAACUCUAGUUGGUAUAAGUAAGAAAAGUGCUGAGCAUUUUAAGAGAAAAUUUGCCAAAUCAAUCCAAGUUUCUAGGUCAGCCUCUAGUCCAAUGCAGAUGUGUCCUGAAGUUGCAAAGGCAAACUUACUUAAAGUCCUGAAGGAGACUUUGAUUGAAUGGAAGACAGAAGAAACUUUGAGGUUUUUGUAUGGCCAGAAUUACGCUUCUUUGUGUCUAAAACUCUCUUCAGCCCCUCUGGUUAAAGAACAAGAACUUGAUGAAGAUGACAUACACUCUGACCCAGAUAGACAUUCCCCUGCCUUCCAGGAAUCUCAGUACAGUUUGGAUGAGUCUUUACCUUUUAGGGCCUCAAAUACAGCCAUUAAACCACUGCCAAGUUAUGAGAACUUGAAAAAAGAAACUGAAACAUUGAAUCUGAGGAUAAGGGAGUUUUAUAGAGGACGAUAUGUUUUGAGUGAAGAAACCACCAAAUCACAAGACGCAGAAGAGCAUGAUCCCACCUUUCCACUGAUAGAUUCAAGUUCUCAGAACCAGAUUAGAAAACGCAUCGUACUUGAAAAGUUGAGUAAAGUAGUGCCUGGACUUGUGGGGCCUCUUCAGAUCACAUUAGGAGAUAUUUAUGCACAACUGAAAAAUCUCAUCCGAACUUUCAGAUUAACAAAUAGAAAUAUUAUACACAAACCUGCAGAGUGGACCUUAAUUGCUGUGGUGUUGCUGUCAUUACUGACCCCAAUUCUUGGCAUUCAGAAGCAUUCUCAGGAAAAUGUGGUGUUUACACAGUUUAUAGAGACUUUGCUUGAAGAAUUAAAUUUAAAGAAUGAAGACCUUGAAAGCUUAACCAUCAUAUUUAAAACCAGCUGUUAACCACAGAGUGGUAUAAUCCAUGAAGACCAAAUAGAAGAUGAUCGUCUAUUCAUCAUUUCUGGAAUUCUAGCUACAAUAAUGUUCUGGUGGUAACUGAUAACUAGCUUUGUUCCAAGAAAGACCUCCUUAGAUUUCAGCCCCCUGCUUCCCAGUCCCUAACUGUACAGUGACUUCCCCUAGAUAGAGGAGAACCAUUUUUCCAAUAAGGAUAACCAAGUCCUUGCAUCCCUAGCUGUAAGACAUAAGAUUUAAAUUUUCAAGUAAAUAAAAAUACUAAGUUGAAACGUUAAUAAAUAUUGAUCUUAUUGGUUGACAAACAUUUGAGAACAUUCCCAUUUUGGCCUCACAAUCUAAACUCUAGAUUCUAAAAACAGUGAAGAGUUCAAUAAAUGCAAUCUAAGAUGAAGCCCUUUGGAAGUGUAGUCACUAUUCUUUUAAAGAAACUGUGCUAUAAAAUGGUCCUGAGCAGUGUAGUUAAUCAAGUCCAAAACAGGAAUAUUCCAGAAUUUUGUGGACUCAACUAGAAAAAGGAAACUGUAGUUUAUUUUCAAAAUUUACAGUUUUUUCAAAAUGUCUGUCAAGCAUGUAAGUUACAAGGCCUCCAGAGCAGUUAAGGGGGGGGGGCCCUCAGACAAUUUGGGAAGCCUUACUGGAGGGCCAAGAAACAAAAUAAGAAUCAGAUCUACACUCUUGGACACUGGAGGAAAUGACAGCUGCUAGAAGUCUAACCAUGGAAAGGGUCCAGAAAGCAGCCUGGUGGAGUGAGGAGCCUAAUGGACAAGAAUCUACAAGUUCAGUAAGUCACAGGCUACAAUAUACAGAAAUCAGCUGUUUUUGUAUAUUAGCAAUGAAAAAUCCAAAAAGGAAGAAAAUUCCAUUCGCAGUAGCACCAGAAAGAAUUCAAUACUUAGUAAAUUUAACAAAAGAAGUACAAGACUUGUGGGGUGCCUGGGUGGCAUAGUCAGUUAAGCGUCUGACUCUUGAUUUCAGAUCAUGUCCUGAUCUCAGUGUCUUGAGAUCGAGCUGUGGGUUAGCUCAUGCUCAGCAGUCUGCUUGAGAUUCUCUCCUUCUCCCUCUGCCCCUCCCACUUAUGUGCUUGCUCUCUAAAAUAAAAAAAUCCUUAAAAAUAAAUGGAGUGUAAAACUUAUAUAAUGAGGGGCACCUGGGUGGCUCAGUUGGUUAAGCAUCUGCCUUUGGCUUGGGUCCUGAUCCCAGGAUCCUGGGAUCAAGCCCCACAUCAGGCUCCCUGCUCAGCAGAGAGUCUGCUUCCUCCUUUCUCUUUCCCUCUGCCUCUCCCCUGCUCAUGCUCUCAAAUAAUAAAAAUCUUAAAAAAAAAAAAAACUUGCAUAAUGAAUACUAUAAAACAGACAUUAAAGAAGGCAUAGAGAUAUUCCACGUUUAUGAAUUAGAAGUUUCAGUUAUUAAGAUGGUAGUCCUCGGGCGCCUGGGUGGCUCAGUCGUUAAGCGUCUGCCUUCGGCUCAGGUCAUGAUCUCAGGGUCCUGGGAUCAAGCCCCACAUCGGGCUCCCUGCUCCGCGGGAAGCCUGCUUCUCCCUCUCCCACUCCCCCUGCUUGUGUUCCCUCUCUCAUGUCUCUCUCUCUCUAUCAAAUAAAUAAAUAAAAUCUUUAAAAAAAAAAAAAAAUGGUAGUCCUCCCCACAUUGGUAUAGAUCAAUGCAAUCCCUCUUAAAAUCCCAGUAGGUUUUUUUUGAAAUAUUUUCAAGCUGAUCCUAAAAUUUCUAGGGAAAUACAAAGGAUUUCCAAAAUAGCCAAAACAAUUUUGAAAAACACUUCCUGAUUUCAAAACUUACUACAAAGCUACAGUAAGCAAUACAGUAGGAUACUGAUAGGCAUAAAGAUCAGUGGGGCAGAGGGGCAGCUGGGAAGAUGGCUGAGUAGGAGGAUGUUAAGCUCCCUUUGCCCCAUGGAUACAAGUAGGUAACACUCACAUCAGUAUAAACCCAAAAGAUGAUGCAAAGACUGGCAGGAUGAACUCCACAACUAAAUAAAUGGUAGACAAGAGGCCACAUCAAAGAAGGUAGAAAGGACAAAGACAUGGUCCGGGAGCAAAGCGGACUAGGGCCAUCCGCAGCGGGAAGGGAAACAGUGGCACGAAGGACAGAAAACACUUUCACACUGGGGAGCCCAUAAAUGGGGAGGACGAAUCCCCAUAAUAUUUGCCUUUGAAAGUGAGAGGAGGCCAAUUUCUUGAGUUCUUACAACCACUGGGACUUAAGAGGCAGGAAUUUUUAAAUCAAUGGGCUCAGCUCCAGGAGAGCCUGGAGGGCAUUAGGAAGCAGAGUUCCCACCCCUAAAGAGUCUUGGACAGAUACAGCACAGAACCAGCAGUUUGAAAACACCAGCAGUAGAUGGGAAGGAGAGUGAGUUGUUCAUCUCAGAGCAUGGCCUGGAGAGAGGGAUCACAGGGAGACCCCUCUAGGAACAAGGGAGCCAGCGGGUGCCAUUUCCCUCCCCUGCCCACCACAUAAACAACGGAUACCUGCAGGAAUCAUUGCAGCACUAACAUCUGUUACCUAACUUGCUUACACCAAGCCCCACCCCACCCUUGUGCGGAUCCACCCUUCCCAGUCAUGAUCACCUUAGUCCAGUCACUGUGGGCCCCCUCCCUGAGAAGACCCGUGGAAACCCUGCCAACACCACAUCUAACUGGCACAUUGUGCAGGAACUCUGUUCUGGCGUGAGCAGGUCUCAUUUCACUAGCAAACCACCACACACCUUGUUAAACACAAUAGGCAAACACAAACACAGACAACCGGACUGAAGAAAAGAGAGGGCAAGACUCAACAGCAGAGCACACACAACACCCAUAAGAGACAUUCCCUGAAGCACCAGGCCCUGGAGAACAAGGAACACUGCACGAAAAGAUCUCUUCUACAUAAGGCUUUUAUAGUUAAGAGCAAGAGAAGUAGCUGACUUUCCUAACAAAGAAAUAGACACAGGAAGUCCGACAAAACAAGGAGACAGGGAAAUAGCUCUUAAAUGAAAGAACAGGACCAAACCACAGCAAGAAAUCAAAGCAAAAUAGCUGUAAGUGGUAUGCCUGAUAGAAAAUUUAAAGUAAUGAUCAUAAAGCUACACACUGGACCUGAGACAAGUGUGGAGGACAUCAGUGAGACCCUUAACACAAAGAUACAAAAGAAUCAGAUAAACAACACAAUAAAUGAAAUUUAAAAUACACUUGAUGGAACAUAGAGGAGGCUAGAUAAAGCAGAGGAAAUAAAAACGACUUGGAAGACAGUAAUAGAAAGUAAGCUGAGCAAAAGAGAAGAAAGAAAAUAGGCAGAUCGAGAAUAGUCUUAGAGAACUCAUUGAUUCCAUUAGUGUAAUAACAUUUGCAUUACAGGGAUCUCAGAAGAGAGAGAAAGGGGGGCAGGAAAUUUAUUUCAACAAAUAGCUGAAAAAUUCCCUAUAUAUCCAGGAGAUCCACAUAUCCACAUCCAGGAGGCACAGAGAUCUCCCCCACACACCACCAAAUUCAACCCAAGGAAUUCCACACCAAGACACACAGUAAUUAAAAUGGCAAAAAGUAGCAAUAAGGAAAAAAAAUUUUGCAGCUUUUUCAGCAGAAACUGCAGGCCAGAAGGGGGUAGCAGGAUAUAUUCAACAUGCUGAAAGGGAAAAAUCUAGAGCCCAAAAUACUCCUAUCUACAAGGAUAUUGUUCAGAAUAUAAGGAGAGAUCAAGAGUUUCUCAAAAAAGGAGUUCCUGACCACUACUAAACCAGCUCUAUAAGAAAUAUUAAUGGGGACUCUGAAUGGAAAGGAAAGACCUUAAGUUGAGAGUAUGAAAUGUAGGAAAACACAAAAGUAGUAAAAAGUAUUUCUGUAAAAAAAAAAAAAAAAAAAAAAUCAGUCAAGGGUUUCACAAAAAAUAAAAGGAUGUAAAAUACCAUAUACCUAAAACUUGUGGGGCAAGAAGAGUAAAGAAUGGGUUUGAACUUAAGUGACCAUCAACUGCUAUAUGCAGAAGAUACUAUAUAUAAAUCUAAUGGUAACCACAAAUCAAAAACCAGUAACAUAUCAAAGAAUAAAGAGAAAGGAAUUCAAGUAUAUCAGUGAAGAAAGCCAAUAAACCAUGAAAGUAAGGAUCAGAGAAAAUCUACAGAAACAACCACAAAUAAGUAACAAAUUGGCAAUACUUAUUUAUCAGUAAUUACUUUGAACAUAAUGACUAAACACUCCAAAAGACAUUUUUUUUAUCUACUCCAUCACCCUAUAAGAUCCAUCUAUAUGCUACCUGUAAGAGACUCAUUUCAGACUGAAUGGCACCUGCAGAUUGAAAGUAAGGGGAUGGAGAUACAUUUAUCAAGCAAAUGGAAGUCCAAAGAAAGCUGGAGUAGUAAUACUUAUAUCAGACAAAAUGCCUUUAAAACAAAGACUGUAACGAGACAAAGGACACUAUAUACUAAGAAAGGGGAUAAUCCAACAAAAAAUACAAUAACUGUACAUAUUUAUGCACCCAACAUGGGAGCACCCAAAUACAUAACAGUUAUACAAACACAAAGGAAGUAAUUGAUAGCAAUACAGUAACAAUAGGGGACUUUAAUACCUCACUCACACUAAUGGACAGAUCAUCCAAACAGCAAAUCAAGAGGGAAACAGUGACUUUGAAUGACACACUGGACCAGAUAGAUUUUACGGACAUAUUCAGAACAUUCCAUCCUAAAAGAGCAGAAUACACAUCCUUUUCAAGUGCAUAUGGGAUGUUCUCCAGAAUAGAUCACAUGUUAGGCCACAAAACAAGUUUCAACAACAACAACAAAAGAAAAAAAAAAAAAGUACUCUCAUGCAUCUUUCCUACCACAACACUAUGGAAAUCCAUCACAAGAAAAAAAUCUGGGAAUAAUACAAAUACAUGGAGGCUGAAUAACAUGCUACUAAACAAUGAAUGGGUCAACCAAGAAAUCAAUGAGGACAUCAAAAAUUACAUGGAAACAAAUGAAAAUGAAAACACAACAGUCCAAAAUCUCUGGGAUGCAGCAAAAGUGGUUCUAAGAGGGAAGUUUAUAGAAAUACAGGCCUCCUCAAGAAGCAAGAAAAAUCUCAAAGCAACCUAACCUUACACUUAAAGGAGCCAGAAAAAAAACAAUAAAUGUAACCCAGAACCAGUAGGAGGGAGAAAAUAAUAAGGAUUAGAGCAGAAAUAAAAUAGAAACUAAAAAAACUACAGAGCAGAUCAAUGAAACAAGGAGUUGAUUCUUUGAAAAGAUCAAUAAAAUGGAUAAACCUUUAGCCAAACUCCUUAAAAGGGAGUGGGACCCAAGUAGGCAAAAUAACUAAUGAAAGUGGAGAAAUAACCAACACCACAGAAAUACAAUUAUAACAGAUUAGGAAAACCUUUAUGUCAACAAAAUGGACAACUUAGAAGAAAUGGAUAAAUUCCUAGAAACCUAUUACCUACCAAAACUAAAGCAGGAAGAAAUAGAAAAUUUGAACAAACCAAUUACCAUUAAUGAAAUUGAAUCAAGUAAUCAAAACACUUCCAAAAAACAAAAGUCCAGAACCAGACAGCCUCAUAGGUGAAUUCUACCAAACAUUUAAAGAAGAGCUAAUACUUAUUACUUUCAAACUAUUCCAAAAAAUAUUAGAGGAAGGAAAACUUCCACAUUCAGUCUAAAACCAGAUAAAGGCCAAAACCAGAUAAAGAUACCACAAUAGAACUACAGUCCAGUAUCUCUCAUGAAUAUAGAUGCAAAAAACCUCAACAAAAUAUUAGCAAACCCAAUCCAACAGUAUAUUAAAAAAAAAAAAAUCAUUCACCACAACCAAGUGAGAGUUAUUACCAGACACAAGGCUGGUUCAAUAUGUGCAACAAUCAAUGUGAUAAAUCAAUAGGAUAAAAACCAUAUGAUCAUUUCAGUAGAUGCAGGAAGAGCACUUGACAAACUACAAAUCACUCAUGAUGGAAACCCUCUGCACAUUAGGUCUAGAGGGAGCAUAACUCAACAUAAUAAAGGCCAUAUAUGAAAAACCCACAGCCAACAUCAUACUCAAUGGUGAAAAACAGAGCUUUUCCCUGUUUAUCAGGGAAAUAAGACAUGGAUGUCCACUGUCACCACUUUUUUUUUUUUUAAGAUUUAUUUAUUUUAGAGAGCAUGCAUGAGUGCGCACCCAAGGAGGGGAGGGAGAGAGAAACUUUAGCAGACUCUACAUUGAGUGCAGAGCUUGAUAUGGAGCUCAAUCCCAUGAUCCUGAGAUCACUACCUUAGCUGAAGCCAAGAGUCUGAUGUUUAACCAACUGCACCACCUGGAUGCCCCUCUCACCAUUUUUAUUCAGCAUAGUACUGGAAGUCCUACCCACAGCAAUUCAACAACAUAAAUAAAAGGCAUCCAAAUUGGUAAGGAAGAAGUAGAAGUUUCACUAUUUGCAGAUGACAUGAUUGUAUACAUAGAAAAUCCUAAAGACUCCACCAAAAAACCACUAAAACUGUUACGUGAAUUCAGUAAAGUCGCAGGAUACAAAAUCAAUGUACAGAAAUCUGUUGCAUUCCUAUAACUAAUAAUGAAGCAGCAGAAAGAGAAAUUAAGAAAACAAUCCCAUUUACAAUUGCACCAAUAAUAAUAAAAUAUCAAAGAAUAAACUUAACCAAAGAGGUGAAAGACCUGUACUCGGAAAACUGUAAAACAUUGGUGAAAUUGAAGAUGACAUAAAGAGGGGCGCCUGGGUGGCUCAGCUGGUUAAGUGGCUGCCUUCAGCUCAGGUCAUGAUCCCAGGGUCCUGGGAUCAAGCCCUGCAUCAGGCUUCCUGCUCAGCGGGGAGUGUGCUUCUCCCUCUACCUCUGCUCCCCCACCCCCGCUCAUGCUCGCUCUCUCAAAUAAAUCUUUAAAAAAAAAAUGAAGAUGACACAAAGAAAUGGAAAGACUAUUCCAUGCUCAUGGACUGGAAGAACAAAUAUUGUUAAAUGUCUAUACUACCCAAAGCGAUCUAUACAAUUAAUGCAAUCCCUAUCAAAAUACCAAUAGCAUUUUUCACAGAACUAAAACAAUUCUAAAAUUUGUACGGAAAUACAAAAGACCUUGAACAGCCAAAGCAAUCUUGAGAAAGAAAAAACGGGCACCUGGGUGGCUCAGUAGGUUAAGCACCUAACUCUUGAUUUUGGUUCAGGUCAUGAUCUCAGGGUCAUGAGAUUGAGCCCUGUGUCAGGCUCCGUGGUCAGUGGGGAGUCUACUUGAGCUCUCGCCCUGCUCCUCCCCCACCUCUCUCCAAUAAAAGAUCUUAAAAAAGAAAAGAGAAAAAACUGGAAGUAUCACAAUUCCAGAUUUUUGCUAUAUUGCAAAGUGGUAGUAAUUAAAACAGUAUGGUACUGGCAUAAAAACAGACACAUAGAUCAAUGGAAUAGAACAGAAAACCCAGAAAUAGACCCACAAUUCUAUGGUCAAUUAAUCUUCCACCAAGGAGGAAUGAAUGUGCAAUGGGAAAAAGACAGUCUCUUCAACAAAUGGUGUGCGGAAAACUGGACAACCGCAUGCUAAAGAUAGAAACUGGACCACUUUCUUACACCAUGCACAAAAAUAAACUUAUAAAUGGAUUAAAGACCUAAAUGUGAGACCUGAAACCAUAAAAAUCCUAGAUGAGAAGAUAGGCAGUAAUCUCUCUGACACUAGCCAUAGCAACAUUUUUCUAGAUAGGUCUCCUGAGGCAAGGGGAAUAAAAACAAAAAUAAACUACUGGGAUUACACCAACAAAGUUUCUGCACAGUGAAGGAAACAAAUCAAGAAAACUAAAUGGCAACUACUGAACAAGAGAAGAUAUUUGCAAAUGACAUAUCCAGUAAAGGGUUAGUAUCCAAAAUAUAUAAAGAAAUGAUACAACUCAAUACCCAGAGAACAAAUAAUCCAAGAAAAAAAUGAGAACACAUGAACAGACAUUUCUCCAAAGACAUAUACAGAUGGCCAAAAGACACACGAAAAGAUGCUCAAUAGUACUCAUCAUCAGCAACAUGCAAAUCAAAACCACAAUGAGGUAUCACCUCACAUCUGCCACACUGACUAACAUAAAAACACAAGAAACAAGUGCUGGCAAGGGUGUGGAGAAAAUGGAACUCUUUUGCAUUUUUUUUUUUUUAAGAUUUUUAUUUAUUUAUUUAUUUGACAGAGAGAGACACAGCGAGAGAGGGAACACAAGCAGGGGGA